CCACCGACGGACAAUAUGAUAUGAGGCCAAACUCACGCGUUUUCUCACUACUGAAAAUCUAUCCCUUUCACUCUCAGAUCUCACUCGAUCUUUGAUCGCAUCCAAGGCAUCCCACUCUACUUGAUUGACAUACAUACACAUAUAUAUGUAUUGAUAACACCUACAAAUCAGAGUUUGAUCAUUCCAAAACCAAGCAAUGCUCCGUCUUCGAGUAUCUUCAGGGUUUUCAUUGGUUGUACUGCUACUUUGCCUUCUCAAUGUUGCUGUGCACUCUAAAACCCUCAAAAGAGACGUGAAAGCUCUAAAUGAAAUAAAAGCUUCUCUUGGAUGGAGGGUGGUGUAUGCAUGGGUCGGAGAUGAUCCAUGUGGAGACGGUGAUUUACCAGCUUGGUCUGGUGUCACAUGCUCAACACAAGGUGAUUAUAGAGUAGUUACGGAACUGGAAGUAUAUGCGGUGUCAAUUGUUGGGCCUUUUCCGACCGCUGUAACCAAUCUACUGGAUCUUACUAGGCUGGAUCUCCAUAACAAUAAGUUGACCGGACCAAUCCCACCUCAAAUCGGGCGUUUAAAGCGGCUUAGAAUACUUAAUUUGAGAUGGAAUAAGCUGCAGGACGUCAUUCCUCCUGAAAUCGGUGAACUGAAGAGAUUAACGCACCUCUACUUGAGUUUUAAUAGCUUCAAAGGGGAAAUACCAAGGGAGCUUGCUAAUCUUCCAGAUCUGCAGUAUCUUCACCUGCACCAAAAUCGGUUCAUUGGACGUAUUCCACCAGAAUUGGGCUCCUUACAAAAGCUUCGCCAUUUGGAUGUUGGUGACAAUCAUUUGGUUGGAACUAUUAGGGAAUUGAUACGUAUAGAAGGAUGUUUUCCAGCUCUGCGAAACCUUUAUCUAAAUAACAACUAUCUGACCGGAGGUAUUCCUGCACAGCUAGCAAACGUCACCAAUCUAGAAAUUUUGCAUUUAUCUUACAACAAAAUGUCUGGAAUAGUGCCACCUGGACUCGCUCGUAUUCCCAAGUUAACUUACUUGUAUUUGGAUCACAAUCAAUUUAGCGGAAGGAUUCCUGAUGCAUUUUACAAACAUCCUUAUUUGAAAGAAUUGUAUAUUGAAGGAAAUGCAUUUAAACCGGGUGUGAACCCGAUUGGUAUUCAUAAAGUACUUGAACUCGCGGAUUCAGAUAUGCUGUUUUAGGCGGCUCAUUACUUGAAUUAUGUGUAGUGAAUGCUUUGCUACUAUACGUCAUCACAUAAACAACCGUUAUUCGUGACUCUCGGUGAUGAUUACAAGAUUUUCGAAGUCAUGUUCUUGUAAUAUUUUGUAGCUCAGCAAAAAAAAAAAAAAAAAAAAAAAAAAAAAAAAAAAAAAAUACUUGAGGAACUUGUCAACUUUUAAAGGAAUUUAAUUGUAUAGGACAUUGCUUUAAUGGCUUUUCUAGUUGUAAGGAUUCUAUCACUGCGUUAUAAUUUAUACCUCAAUAUUUAAGUCUUUUGAAUC